AUGAAGCUUCUUUUCUUGUUUCUCAUCAUCUUUCUGGCGAUGGAACCAGUGGUAUCAGAGAGAUGUUGGAUGGAAGGACACUGCAGAUUGGUGUGCAAAGAUGAUGAAGACACCGUCUCACGCUGCCCAAGUCGUAAACGGUGCUGUAUACUUAAUCGUUAUUUAACAAUCGAACCAGUAGUAAUUGAUAUAGAACGGACGGCCUGGAGUACUAUUUGGAAGCCCCCAAAGGAUUUAAAAGGAAUGAAAAAAUGA